GCAAUCGGGGCGGGCGGGAGGCCUCGCAGUGAGCGACUGAGCAUGCGGGCGAGCGCCUCAGCUGGGAAAGCUCCGCUGCUGUAGUCAGUAGUCGGCUGCCUGCCGCCGUCCUGGUCUACGCGUCAAUAACUCGCCGCCCUUCUUUGUGUACGCUCGGAGAACAACUUAGUGACAUUAUGUAGUAUGUGUCCUACUUCACAUUGAUUUCAUGGACACAGUGAUGUCAACAAAGCGACACACACAGUACAUUUAAUGUUACGACAUCGUUAAGGUUUUCUCAAGGAGUAAAGUGCGGCGCGCUUCUGCUCCUUAUGUGUGUUUAGAAAAACUGACAAUCUUUACGACAUAAGUACAAACUUCCUGCAUUACUGCUGCUUCUUCGCGAUGUGACGCGUCACAUACAAACGCGGCCUUGUGUGAGGCGAACCGCGGCAUGGCAACUCCCGGAGGGGACACCUCACGAGGAAACGUCACACGCGAAGGGAGACACCUACUGACGCGUUCUGCCAGCGCGGGGAGCAUGGUCGUGUUUCUGGUGCUGUUCAUUCUUCCAGCUGCUGGCUUGUCCUUCAUAUACCAUGAGAAGCCUGAAAAUCCCCAGAGAAUGUGGGACCCCGAGAAGGGCGUUGGAUUUCUACAGGGGCUGCAGGUGGUGCCCUUCACCCUUGACAACAUUACGGUGGUGAAUCACACAGCCCAGGUGGGAGCUACCACGUACCUCCACUGCCAGGUACGCAACCUGGCAAACAAACAGGUGUCGUGGAUCAGGCGACGAGACUACCACAUCCUUACCUCGGGUCUGCACACCUACAGCAGGGACGCUCGCUUCAGUGUUGUCCGCUCUGAGGAGGCAGAUGACUGGGCACUGCGCAUCAGGUUCCUUCAGAAGCGGGACGAGGGAGCCUACGAAUGCCAGGUGUCCACCAAGACAGGGCGGUACGGCUACCUCAUUAACCUGGAGGUGGUGGUGCCCGAGGCCGUCAUCUCGGGGCCGAUUGAACGACACCUGCAGGCUGGCUCCACUAUCUCCCUCAAGUGUACCAUCCAAGGCGGUCUGGUGCCACCCCAGUUCAUCUUUUGGUUCCAUAACAGCAAGAUGAUCAACUACGACCAGUCUCGCGGAGGCAUCACGGUCGCCAUGGACCACAGGGUUCCGACCACCUCAAGACUUACCAUCAUGAACGCCAGCCUCAUGGACUCUGGAAACUAUAGCUGCACUGCCAACAACAUCAUUCCCGCAUCCAUCUUCGUAUUUGUGUCAGAAGGAGACUUCAAGACUGCAGCCAUUCAGCGCCUUGAGUCAAGCACGACAAGUGUGACAAAAGCCAGCAACAUUAAUUUCCUCCUUCAUCUGUUCUCUUCCCUCCUGCUUUACUUAAUGAACCUCACUCAGCGCGGAACCUGAUUGGCCUCGCCACCUUCCUCAGGUGGAGGCGUGUGGCUGCCUCACCACCACAUCAGACGAGUGUUACUUCAACAUCUUAACUGUUGAUAAAUGUUGCUUGAAUUUGAUAAUUACACAUUCGUUUUCCUUUCAUUAUGCCAGUGACGUUUCUUAGCGUGAUGAUUAUGUAAGGUGUUAUUUCUAAAGUUUACUAACCAUUCAUAUUAUGGUUACAAUUCUUUUUAUAACACACACACACACACACACACACACACACACACACACACACACACACACACACAUACACACAUGGCCAGACAUUAGCCAACCACUACAAAAACAAUUAUGAUUUCGAGGAGAGAAUUUCUUAAAUAUAUCGUACAAUUAAAACAAAAAGUUGCUAAUCGUAGUAAUGGUUGCCAUGUGAUACUAUAAAAACUUUACGACAAACUUCCAUGAUCAAUAAAUAUGAUGAACGAGAUUAUCCCUUCCCGCUCCAUGUAUUACCAGUCACAUUAAUGUAUUACCAUUCAUAAGGUUCUUUUACAAUAAAUAUGUAGCUAUUUGUGAUAUGUGUUACAAGGAUAUUCAAUAAAAUGAGGUGAUAAUA